AUGUCGACAAAGGCUACAACACAACACACGCGUCGGGCACCACUUUCGCUAUCCGGCGGCGGCAAACAGCAGAGUCAAAAUCAUUAUAGCGGGAAAUCUGCAGACUCCAACGGCAAUUCAAGUAAUAGCGCUAGCGCUAAAAAUGACAAUAAGCAUUCUGCAAGCCAGAAGACAGAAGCCAGUGUUAACGAUGUAAAAGACGCGACACCGAAAGAUUUGAAGAAACCACAAAACGCUGACAAAAAGCAACAACAACAAUCCGCCAAUAAUGAGACAGUUAAGAAAAAUGAAAAGACUGAUGAGAAGAAAACUCAAAAUGGCAGUGGCAAAGUGUCAACGAACGGCGGUGCCAAGGAGAAACAGCAAAAUGGCAGUGAUAAACAGGACAAUAAUAGUAAUAGUAAUGGCUCCAACGCCAAGAUGAGCUCUACUAACUCAAAUGGUAAUUCCAACGCCAAGGUUAAUACAAAAUCAAAUGAAAAGGCUGCUACACCAGCUGCAAAGGAAGAUGUAAAAACUAAGGAACCGAAACUUGCAGAGCCCGCUGAAAAGAGUGAAAAAGAGUCUGAGAAGGAGAAGGAAAAGGAAAAGGAGAAAAAGAAAGAAAGUGAACAAGAAAAAGAGACUAGAUCUCGACGUCAUGAGGCAACGGUAGCAGCAGAACUGGAAAAGAAACAAACGGACAAAAAUGAACCUAAGAAAGGUGAUGAUUCUAAAAUGGAAGUAGCUACACCAACAUCUCGAUCCAGUGCUGGACAAGCUAAGUCUAGGGCUACACCUACAACAGUCAACUGCUUCACCACGUAA